AGUGGACGCCCCGCCCCCAAACGAAUCGCACCCGCCUGCGCCGCCUUCUCUUCUCCAGCGUCGGAUCUUCCCCCACUCGCCGCCCUCACCGCACCUCCAUUCCCCUCCACCACCUUCCCUCCCUCCACGCGCUCCUCUAUAUAAGGGGGAGGGCCGGAUGUCGGACGAGGCGGCGAGCCCCCCGGGCGGCGGCGGCGGCGGAGGAGGCGGCGGCAGCGACGACGGCGGCGGCGGCGGCGGCUUCGGCGGCGUCAGGGAGCAGGACAGGUUCCUGCCCAUCGCCAACAUCAGCCGCAUCAUGAAGAAGGCCAUCCCGGCCAACGGCAAGAUCGCCAAGGACGCCAAGGAGACCGUGCAGGAGUGCGUCUCCGAGUUCAUCUCCUUCAUCACCAGCGAGGCGAGCGACAAGUGCCAGAGGGAGAAGCGCAAGACCAUCAACGGCGACGACCUGCUCUGGGCGAUGGCCACGCUGGGCUUCGAGGAGUACAUCGAGCCCCUCAAGGUUUAUCUGCAGAAGUACAGAGAGACGGAGGGUGAUAGUAAGCUAGCUGGGAAGUCUGGUGAUGUCUCUGUUAAAAAGGAUGCACUGGGUCCUCAUGGAGGAGCAAGUGGCACAAGUGCGCAAGGGAUGGGCCAACAAGUAGCAUACAAUCCAGGAAUGGUUUAUAUGCAACCUCAGUACCAUAAUGGGGACAUCUCAAACUGAAGAUAUGGACCAUCUCCGAGACUGCUGCUACUCUGCUAGGCGGGUUUUCGUCAUGUGGAGAGCACUAAGCAGUUAAAGAAAACUCUUAGUACCCCCAUUAGUCUCGUGUUGUUGGGUCUGCCAGAACUGAUGCUCCAAGGCUGCUUCCCAGAUGUAAAUUGCUUUUUCCUGAGAAUAGAUUCAGUUGUGGUUUAGCAUGGUUGUUGUUGUUGUCUGUAUAUUUAUGAUGAUUAGCCUCGUCGUGGCUGUCAUUCGGUUCCAUAUAAUCUGGGUAUUUGGGGGAGACAUAACUCCUCCAGGUGUAGUUUGUCCUGAACUAGCUGUAUCAGACUCUUGAGAAGAGUUGCUUUUAGUCCUUCACCGACUCC